AUGGCAACAUUUGCAGGGACAACCCAGAAGUGUAAGGCAUGUGAGAAGACAGUAUACUUGGUGGAUCAGCUCACAGCUGAUAACAAGGUCUACCACAAGGCUUGCUUUAGAUGCCACCAUUGCAAGGGCACCCUCAAGCUGAGUAACUAUUGCUCCUUUGAAGAUCCGCAUAUCAGGGUCAUACCAACAACAAAGUUUCGAGCUUAUUUGCUGGAACUCAAGACAAAUGUGUUGCUUGCAAGAGAACAGUUUACCCAACGAGGUGGACGACGGAGUGGAGCGGAUGGCGGUGUGGAUCAAUUUCGUUUCUCAGAUCUGAGAUCGCCUUCCGGCGCCAUUGACAGAUCCCACCAAGGUGGACGACGGAGUGGAGCGGAUGGCGGUGUGGAUCAAUUUCGUUUCUCAGAUCUGAGAUCGCCUUCCGGCGCCAUUGACAGAUCCCACCAAGGUGGACGACGGACACACAACAAAGGAGGACAGACUUACAACUCACCUACUCAGCCGAUACCUGGACUUGUUCUUCGGCGGCGGCCGUGUCACCGCGGUGCUUCGCCGUGA